CUCCCAAUUCAUUUUCCAACGGAUACGAGUUCGAACGAUCUUAGCCCGUUCCGUGGAAAGACCUUGUCGAUGUCGUCGUUAAUCAAUUUUUUUUCCUUAUUGUUACAAAAUGUUGUCAACCGGAACGAAUAUAACAAACUGCAGGAACGACGUCGGUGCAAAUAACUUCUACUGUAUCGAUGUUUCCUGCGAAAGUAAAAAGUAUAUUCUAAUUCACGAAAUUACAGCUGUAUAUUGUCAGUAUUGUGUCGUGAUCCCUGAACGUUUAACCUCCAAGAUGCGUUUUUGUGACAGUUAAACGUAGGCGAUCUUCUAUUAACACGCGAAAAUAAGUAAUAGGUGAAAUAACGGAAACGAGGAUAAAUAAAAUACGUUUCACCAAACAUUCUCGUUGAUCAGCCCACAACAGAGUUGACUAAACACAUUAAAAUAAAGAUUAAUAUCAAUGGAUCAUCGCCGUACUAAAUGCAAAACAAAUUUAUCGAAACAACGAUGAUCUUCAUAAAGGGUUAACGAGAAUUACAAUUCCGAAUAAACGAAAAACAAGAAAUGAUUAUUUGCACAGCGGCAAGUGAAUUGAGUACAAAGUCUUGAAAAUCAAGACAAUGAAACGUGAAAUUACGUUCAUCGUUCUCGACACGUCUUCCAGGAUUAGAAUUUGGAAUAAUUAAAUUUCAAAAUAGAACUAAACAAAUUGAAAAAAAUGAAUAACAUAUCAGGACAAUUUCGUAAAACAACGUGGGAUCCAUUCCUUAUAAUAUCUCAAAUAAUUGCUGUUCAGACGGUCAUGUAUUUCUGUCUUGGACUGUGGAUUUGGAUCGUUGCAUCAAUGCUUGGCCACACAAAAUCUCUGGAUUAUGCAUUUCAGUACAAAGAAAUUCAUGUUCGAGAUUUCGGGGGACGUCUUGUUAUAGCAAUAUUUGUAAUAAAUUCCCUAAUUGGUUCACUCGCUCUAUGGUGGCUUGUACAGAGAACCAAACAAUGUAUGGACUUUGCGUGCACAGCUCAUCUCAUACAUUUAUUUUGCUGUUGGUCUUAUAAUUCCAGUUUUCCCACGACCUUCAGCUGGUGGUGUUUGAACAUUGUUUCGUUGAGUAUAAUGUGUGUUUGUGGAGAAUUUCUGUGUAUGAGGACGGAGCUCAAGGCAAUUCCCUUGGGGAUUAACAGCCAGAAAACAGCCUUGUAAUGAAUAAUAAUUUAAAAAAAGAAAACAAACUGAAGUGUAUAAUAUUGAUAUAAAUUAUGUGUUAAUGGA